AUGAGUCAUAGAGAGGAGUUCAAGUUUCAUCAUAAAUGUGAGCAACUGAAGAUUCAUCAUCUGAUUUUUGCUGAUGAUUUGAUGUUGUUUAGUAAAGGGGAUUUCAAGUCUGUGGUGCUUCUUGUGAGAACAUUAAAAGCUUUUGCAGAGGCUUCUGGGUUAGAAGCUAGCCCUGAUAAAACUGCCAUAUACUUUGGGAGUGUAACUGAGGAUGAACAAAGUAGAAUUCUUCGAGUGUCUGGGUAUAAAAAAGGCUCCUUCCCUUUCAGAUGCUUAGGAGUACCUAUUACUUCUAAGCGUCUGACCAAAGCUGAGUGUGAUAUUCUGGUGGACAGGAUGGUUAAAAGAAUCAUGAGUUGGAGCUCAAGACACCUCUCUUAUGCAGCAAGAAUUACUCUUGUGAAUGCAGUUCUUAUGAGUUUACAUACUUACUGGGCUCAAAUUUUCUUAUUGCCUAAGUGUGUUCUUCAUAGGAUUAUUCAAGUGUGCAUGGCUUUUCUUUGGGAAGGCAAGGUUGUUUUGAGUAGAGCUCCCCUUGUGGCCUGGGAUUGGAUUGCACAAAAACAUGAUUUACUUUGGAUUAAAUGGAUUCACAAUGUUUAUUUAAGGGAGUCAGAUUGGUGGGAGUAUCAAACUCCUACAAAUGCUAGCUGGGUUUGGAGAUGCAUUUGCAAAGUGAAGGAAGUGUUUAGAUUUGCAUAUAACAACAACAAUUGGUUGAAUGGCAAUAAGAAUUACUCCAUCAAGGAAGGAUAUCAUUGGCUUCAAGGACCUCAGGAGGAAGUUCCAUGGCAUUAUUGGGUUUGGAAUUCCGCUAACAUUCCUAAACAUUCCUUUAUUGCUUGGUUAGUGGCUCUAGGGAAGCUCAAAACUAGAAUAGUCUUGGCAAAGGCUGGUAUUUGUCAGACUACAAUGGUUGUUGUGUAA